GCCAGCUCCGAGUCCUGUCGGUGGGGGCAGCAGGAUGCUGGUGGAAGCAGAGGGGACCGGCCGGGUGCCUCCGCAGCUCGGCUGGCAGGGCCCGGCGGGGCGUGUGCGGCUGCUGGUGCGCGCCCCCCAGCCCCACGCCUCCCCAUGCAGCCCUGGCAGUGCCUCCGGCGCUUUGCCCUGGCCUGGUGGGAGAGGACUGCGGAGGGCAGAGCCCGCUCUCCCAGGGAGGAGGCCGGACCGAGGGACCCUGGGGGUCGAGGGGAGCCAGGGCUCCAGCGUGCGGCGGGAGGGAAGCCUCCAGGACUCUGUUCCCUCUGUUUAAAGUCUCCAGAUCCGGAGCGGAGCAGCCCCCCCAUGCUGUCUGCAGACGAUGCCGAGUACCCGCGGGAGUACCGGACCCUGGGGGGCGGGGGGGGCGGGGGCAGCGGGGGCCGGCGCUUCUCCAACGUGGGGUUGGUGCACACGUCCGAGCGGAGGCACACGGUGAUCGCGGCCCAGAGUCUGGAGGCGCUCAGCGGGCUCCAGAAGGCGGACGCCGACCGCAAGCGCGAUGCCUUCAUGGACCAUCUGAAGAGCAAGUACCCGCAGCACGCCCUGGCCCUACGAGGCCAGCAGGACAGGAUGCGAGAGCAGGUUGGCGGCUGGACCGUGGACCCCGUGUGCCUUCUCAGCUCCCUCUGCUCCCACCUCCAUGGCGACUCCGCCCCCUCCGGGGCUGGCCAGCCGGCCCAGCAGCCAAACUACUGGAGUUUCAAGACCCGCAGCUCACGCCACACUCAGGGAGCCCAGCCUGGGCUGGCAGACCAGGCGGCAAAGUUGUCAUACGCCUCGGCCGAGUCGCUGGAGACCAUGUCCGAGGCCGAGCUGCCCCUGGGCUUCAGCAGGAUGAACCGCUUCCGACAGAGCCUGCCUCUCUCCCGCUCAGCCAGCCAGACCAAGCUGCGCUCCCCAGGGGUGCUAUUCCUGCAGUUCGGGGAGGAGACUCGGCGCGUGCACAUCACGCACGAGGUCAGCAGCCUGGACACGCUGCACGCACUCAUCGCACACAUGUUCCCGCAGAAGCUCACCAUGGGCAUGCUUAAGUCGCCCAAUACUGCCAUCCUCAUCAAAGACGAGGCUCGCAACGUCUUCUACGAGCUGGAGGACGUCCGGGACAUCCAGGACCGCAGUAUUAUCAAGAUCUACAGGAAGGAGCCCCUCUAUGCUGCUUUCCCUGGUUCACACCUCACCAACGGGGACCUCCGGAGAGAGAUGGUGUACGCGUCGCGGGAGUCGUCGCCCACGCGGCGCCUCAACAACCUGUCGCCAGCGCCGCACCUGGCAUCCGGCUCGCCGCCGCCCGGGCUGCCGUCGGGGCUGCCGUCCGGGCUGCAGUCGGGCUCGCCGUCGCGCUCGCGCCUCUCGUACGCCGGGGGGCGCCCGCCCUCAUACGCCGGCAGCCCGGUGCACCACGCGGCAGAGCGGCUGGGAGGUGCCCCCGCCGCCCAGGGCGUCAGCCCCAGCCCCAGCGCCAUCCUGGAACGGCGCGACGUGAAGCCGGACGAGGACCUGGCGGGCAAGGCGGGCAGUAUGGUGCUGGUGAAGGGCGAGGGCCUCUACGCCGACCCCUACGGGCUGCUGCACGAGGGCCGUCUGAGCCUGGCCGCGGCAGCUGGCGACCCGUUCGCCUACCCGGGCGCCGGCGGCCUGUACAAGCGCGGCUCGGUGCGCUCGCUCAGCACCUACUCGGCCGCCGCGCUGCAGUCGGACCUGGAGGACUCCCUGUACAAGGCGGCGGGCGGCGGCGGCCCGCUCUACGGCGACGGCUACGGCUUCCGCCUGCCGCCCUCGUCGCCGCAAAAGCUGGCAGACGUGGCGGCGCCCCCCGGAGGACCCCCGCCACCGCACAGCCCCUACUCGGGGCCACCCAGCCGCGCCUCGCCGGUGCGCCAGUCCUUCCGCAAAGACUCGGGCUCGUCCGUCUUCGCGGAAAGUCCUGGAGGGAAGACCCGCAGCACCGGGAGCGCCUCGACGGCCGGCGCUCCCCCUUCAGAGCUCUUCCCUGGGCCUGGGGAGCGCCCGCUGGUUGCGUUUGGGCCGCCAGUGCCAGCCAAGGACACGGAGACCAGGGAGCGCAUGGAGGCCAUGGAGAAGCAGAUUGCCAGCCUCACAGGCCUGGUGCAGAGCGCCUUACUCCGAGGCUCUGAGCCUGAGACCCCCAGUGAGAAGAUUGAAGGCUCCAAUGGAGCAGCCACCCCCCCAGCACCUUGCGGGUCAGGCGGCCGGAGCAGCGGGGCCACCCCGGUGUCCGGCCCGCCCCCGCCCUCGGCCGGCAGCACCCCCGCAGGGCAGCCUACCGCUGUUAGCCGGCUGCAGAUGCAGCUGCACCUGAGAGGCCUGCAGAACAGCGCCAGUGACCUGCGCGGCCAGCUCCAGCAGUUGCGCAAGCUCCAGCUACAGAACCAGGAGUCGGUGCGCGCGCUGCUGAAGCGCACGGAGACAGAGCUGAGCAUGCGCGUGUCGGAGGCUGCGCGGCGGCAGGAGGACCCGCUGCAGCGCCAGCGCACCCUGGUGGAGGAGGAGAGGCUGCGCUAUCUCAACGACGAGGAGCUCAUUACCCAGCAGCUAAAUGACCUGGAGAAAUCGGUGGAGAAGAUCCAGAGAGACGUGUCCCACAACCACCGGCUGGUGCCUGGCCCCGAGCUGGAGGAGAAGGCACUGGUGCUGAAGCAGCUCGGGGAGACUCUGACGGAGCUCAAGGCUCAUUUCCCAGGCCUGCAGAGCAAGAUGAGGGUGGUGCUGCGCGUGGAGGUGGAAGCGGUGAAGUUCCUGAAGGAGGAGCCUCAGCGCCUGGACGGGCUCCUCAAGCGCUGCCGUGGGGUCACGGACACACUGGCCCAGAUCCGAAGGCAAGUGGAUGAAGGUGUGUGGCCACCCCCGAACAACCUCCUGAGUCAGUCCCCCAAGAAGGUGACGGCAGAGACUGACUUCAACAAGAGUGUGGACUUCGAAAUGCCACCCCCCAGCCCCCCGCUGAACCUUCACGAGCUGAGCGGGCCAGCUGAAGGAGCCUCUCUUGCCCCAAAAGGGAGCAACCCCACCAAAGGCCUGGACACUCCUGGCAAGAGAAGCAUGGACAAGGCUGUGUCUGUUGAGGCUGCAGAGCGAGACUGGGAGGAGAAGCGAGCAGCCCUGACCCAGUACAGUGCCAAGGACAUCAACCGGCUGCUGGAAGAGACACAGGCGGAGCUGCUCAAGGCCAUCCCUGACCUGGACUGUGCCAGCAAGGCCCAUCCAGGCCCAGCCCCCACUCCAGACCACAAGCCCCCCAAGGCCCCCCACGGCCAGAAGGCAGCCCCCCGAACAGAGCCCAGCGGGAGGAGAGGCUCAGAUGAGUUGACAGUGCCCCGAUACCGCACAGAGAAGCCCUCCAAGUCGCCCCCGCCGCCCCCUCCCCGCCGGAGCUUCCCCUCCUCUCAUGGCCUGACCACCACACGCACUGGAGAGGUGGUGGUCACCAGCAAGAAGGACUCGGCCUUCAUCAAGAAGGCCGAGUCCGAGGAGCUGGAGGUGCAGAAGCCCCAAGUGAAGCUGCGCCGGGCAGUGUCCGAGGUGGCCCGCCCGGCCUCCACACCACCCAUCAUGGCCUCGGCCAUCAAGGACGAGGAUGAUGAGGAUCGCAUCAUCGCAGAGCUGGAGAGUGGCGGAGGCAGUGUACCGCCCAUGAAGGUGGUGACUCCGGGGGCCUCUCGGCUGAAGGCAGCCCAGGGCCAGGCGGGCAGCCCCGACAAAAGCAAGCAUGGCAAGCAGAGGGCCGAGUACAUGCGGAUCCAGGCCCAGCAGCAGGCCACUAAACCAUCUAAAGAGAUGAGCGGGUCGAAUGAGACCUCGAGCCCAGUCUCAGAAAAGCCCUCGGCUUCCAGAACCUCUAUCCCCGUAUUGACUUCCUUUGGGGCAAGGAAUUCUUCCAUCUCCUUCUAGAAGCCCCUCACCCACCACCCCGCCUGUCCCCCUCCCUUCCUCCUGCCAUUUCUCCCCUCUCUUCCCUUCAUCUCAGCCCCACCCCACUCUCCAGACCCCCAGGGGUGUGCCCUGCAGAGGAGGGGCAGCCCUCCCCAGCUCCCUCUACCAUCCUCUGUUGGUGUUUUUGGUUUUUUUUUUAACGGUUCACUUUUAAUUAUCUUUUUUUAAACAGUAAAACUAAAAACCAAACACACCACCUUCCUUGAUGGUUCCCAGCUGGCCUCUCAUUGGCUGCACCUGUCACGUCUCUCCCUCUUCUUUCACCACUGUCCCCGCUCCGAGUCCAUCCUGAAGCUCCUGCACCCCUUCCUGCCUUCCCCUCACUUCCCAAGAAUACUCCAAACAAACUCUGAGCCACGGAGACUAGGAGCAGUGGGAGACCCUCUCCCCUUUCUUGGUACCUACCUGGAGGAACUCGGGGACAUCGGACCAACCCCUACAUCAGGCCGGAGAGCGGGGCGCAGGGAGACUGGCCUUGGAGACGCCCCACUCUGUCCCAGCUCGGACAAGACUGUGACCUCUGUGGCUGCUCUGUGCCCUCCUACUCACACCCUGAUGGUCCUGAAGUUGAGACGGACGGGCUGGAGGAGGGGCUGGAGCUUGAGAGGCCUCAGGGUGGGUGUGAGGUCAGUCAUGGAGUCUGUGUCCCUGCGGAGGUGCUGGCCUCCUGGGUCUCGCCGCCCUGUGGGGAGUGGAGGACAGAGGCCCUUUGGACUGCUGGCUGUGAAGGGUGGGUCACAAGGACAGCUGGACAUCAGGGACACUGCCUUGGGAGAGGGUGCCCCGGACGGGUAUUUGGUACUUUUAGUUUCCUGAUUUAGCACUUUAAAUGGCGUUAACUUAUUUAAGGGGGGUGGGGCGGGCAAGAACGAGGGACCUAGAAAACCAGGUUUUGUGGCCCGCAGGUUGGGGAAGGGUCUGGUUUGGGGGAGAAUGGGAGAGUCAGAGGGACUUGACAGGGAGCAGUGAAGACAACUGGGACCCGAAGGUGGGGUGACUUGACCUUCGGGCGUCUUCUUUGUGAUUUGAGGGUUUUCUGGGAAAG